AUGGCGGGGGUCCCAGCGCUGUCCCGACCCCGGCGCGGCAGAGGGGCCCGUCCAGGCGCGGUGCGGCCGCUGGGCGCCGAGGACACGCUGGCGCUGCUGGAGGCCUCCGUGGUGCACCGGGAAGGAGACCUGCUGGCGCUCAGCAAACCGCCGGGGCUGCCCGUGCGUGGUGCUACAGGGGAGCCCAGCCUGGCGACGCUGCUGCCCACGCUGAGCCGGCGCCUGGGGCUGCCGCCCGAGCUGCACAUGGUCAAGGCUCCCCCUAGGGAGUGCUCCGGGCUGGUGCUGCUGUCCGGCUGCCGCCGCGCGGCCGAGCGGCUCCAGCGCUUCUUCUCCGAGUCGCGCCGGAGCGGCGGAUUCCCCGUCACGUACCGCGCCGUCACCGUGGGCGUCCCGGCGGAGCCGCAGGGCGAGGUGUGCACGGGGCUGCAGCGGGAGCAGCGCGGCGGCACCGUGGCGGUGGUGCCGGUGGCGGCCCCGUCCCGCCGCAGCCUGGCCAGGAAGGAGGUGCGGAGAACGGUGACGCGGUACCGCGUGCUGGGCGCCGCGGGCGGCUGCGCCCUGCUGCAGCUGCAGCCCCGGACAGCCUUCCCGGGACAGCUGCUGGCACACCUGACGCUGCUGCUGUGCCCGGCGCUGGGCGACCACGAGCGCUCGGUGCCCGUGGGCCGCGUGCUGGGCCAGCCCUUCCUGCUGCCGGCCGAGGCCGCGCGGCCGCCCGAGCAGGUGCUGGACGAGGAGCUGGAGCGGCGGCUGCGGCUGGAGCCGGGGCCGCGGCGCCGCCGCCUCCCGCUGCACCUGCACCUGGAGCAGCUGGCGCUGCCCGCGGCCGUGCUCACGGCGCCGCCGCCGCCCUUCUUCCUGCGCACCCUGCGCCUGCUGGGGCUGCCCCACGGCCCCCCCGCGCCGCCCCCACAUUAA